AUGCGGACAGUAAAAUCUGUGUCUGAGCAGCAAGAAGAAGUUAUGAAGAAGCUGAGCAAUGAGCAAAUGAAACUUGAAGAAGAAAUCAGAAAAGCAAUGCAAAGUAUAGGAGUCUCCAAUGAUGCAGUCAUUAAAGUGGAGCGAGGUGUCCCUCCAGAAGCCAUGGCUAUGCCAUGUCCUGAUGAAGACUUAAAACUACAGUUGCUUUCAGAGUUCUUUAAGAUAGAUGAGAAUUUUGAAGACAGACUACAGCUGUUGAAAGAUCAGUAUACUGAUGUUCUGAGUUAUGGAGAAAAUGGUGGAUGGAAUGAGUCAGAUCAUUUAGAAUUUGUGUCUGUAUUGAAUCAGUAUGCAAUAGACAUGCCUCAAAGAAACAUGCUGGUCUUUGAUCGUUUACAGAGACAAUUUCCUGAGAGAAGUACCAAUGAAUUGGUAAGUAUCAUCAAAGAAAUGUCUAUUUCUUUUCCAAAAUCUUUUUACUCAGUGAGUAAGAAAAUACUUCAAAGCCACAAACUCUCAUCUCUGGAAGAUAAGAAAUUAUUCUGA